GGUUACAUACUUUGUCUUAAUCCUAACGCAUUUGUUUAUUAUAAUUUAUUAGAUUAAAAAUACAAAUUUGUAGAUUUCUAAAUUUAUAUAGUCCGUUCAUUGAAACUUUUUACUAGUCGAGGCUAUACAAUACGAUCGAGUGCGCAGACGCGGGAAAAUUUUUGUAAUUGGUUCAACGGCGUUCGAGGAAUAUUGUUUUGAAAGUUUGUACCAAAAACAUGAACGUGUCUGGAAAAGUCCUUUACGAUAAAGUUCGAAAUUUGCGUCCAGAGCUUUCGAGUUCUAUUACGCCGGAGAUAUUGGAUGAAAUUUGUGACGAGCCUUUCGUCCAACCGUUUUUAAAAUGGUUCUGCGAGAACGUGAAUCGCGUCAACGUUAUUUCAGACGAAGAAGCUCGAAUAAAGAACAAAUUACAAAGUACAAACGAAUGGUUGGAAGAUAUCGAAUUAGAUAAUGCACUGGAAGAAGCAACUAGGAAUUGCCCUGAUUUAUUAAAAAUUACUUGUUUCGAUGACGAGGACAUAAAUGAUCUGUUCGCAGAAUUUGAAAUAGUAAAACAAUCAUACGAGGAAGAUGAAAGUUACAUUCGCACGUUACAAAAUGGAAUUCAAAAUUUAAAAAAGUUAAAGAAUAAAUUAGACGAGAACAUUGAGAAAGAGGAAACAUUAUUGGACAAGAAAUAUAUCGAAGUGGAUAAAAUGUAUAAAGAUUGUUCAGUAAUUCUUCAAGAACUUGAUUCGAAUAAUUGCGAAUUUUUAAAAGAAAUUAAAUACUUAUUGAACGUCUAUGGGGAUGCAGCAGAAAAUAAAGGAGCGCCUGUGCUGUGGACCCAAAUGCCAUUGGAACUUUUCAUUAAGAAAAUAGAACUUUAUAACCAUUACUUAGGUGUUCACAUAAGACAACAAUUUGAAAAUGGAUACAAGGAUAGUCAAGAGAAAGAUUCUAAUUAUGUUUCUUUGAUUGACAAGAGUAAAGAAAAACAUAUGGAUUACGAUGAGUUACAGGAACUGAUGCAUUUCAAAACAUACAUCAUAAAUGCGAAAAUGGAAGAAGUUACAGCUAAAAUACAAUAUGAAUCAUGUAUCUCGAUGUUACAAUAUGCCCAAGAUAUAUACAACUUGGGAAAUGUAAAAGUACCGAGAAACUUUGAGUUAAGGACUGAAAUUUCGGAGUUAACUAAAAAGAGAGAUUACUUAGAGGAGAAUGUCUUUCUGUUGCAAGAACAUCAGUUGUCAGAAGUUAUACAAGAUUUUGCCGAAUUAGAAAUAACUAAAAUUUUAAAACAAAAUGCCGAGUCAAAAUUGAAGCAAAAAACUAUACGCUUAGAAAAACUCAAAAACUUUCGAUUUCUUGCUUGUGAGUCUGGACACGUACGCGCCGAUUUGUUAAAUAUGGUGAUGCAAAUGCAAUAUCACCGUCUUCAAACCGUUUCUGAAUUUGUGGCUAGUGCUUGCCACUAUUUGACAAUGGAGUAUUCGCUAUCUUCUGCCAGAUGUAAAAGUAUGCAGCAGCAGCAAGAUGAAUACUUGGCAGUCACAUCGUCUUCGCCGAAACCGCAUAAUUCAUUUAACAAUCUUUUAGUUUCCAUGAUAUCCAGUGGCAUCAAUGUACAGGAAUUAAAUUCUGCGUUAAAUAGGUAUAACGAGCUCUUGGACGAAAAUAAGAACAAGAAACAAUUUAUAUUUGAAACUUAUUUAAAUUCCAAAAUUCAUAAAUUGGAAACACUGGAAAAUGAUGUAAAUCUCCAAUACGUAAAUGAAAUGCACAAGGGACCGACGUACAGUUUCAAACCACUUUCCUACGAAGUUGAAACGUGCUACAAGGAAGCAUUUGAUCAUUUACAAAAGAUACAAACAGAUCUAACAAAAACAAGAAAUCAAAUGAAAGAACAAAUGAAGAAUGCCCUAGGCUUUGAACAUGAAAAAAAUGUGCUUUGGCAACUAUUUUUAGCUGAUCCAGAUGCAUUGAAAAGAAAGUAUAGAGAGGUAAAGCAAAUGGUAAAUAAAUCCUGUUAUGAAAAUACUUUCGAAAUCGAUUGAACCGCGUAAUUUAAAAGAUUGUGAUAUGAUAGACCAAAUGUAAAUAUCUCUGAUGUUAUUAUUUUACUUUUUCUAUUAACUCGCACAUAGUUAUACGGUAUAAUACUUAAAUAAGAAACAAAUAUAUAAUUAAUUAAUAAUAAAGGAUUAGUAAGAUAAUA